CCAGCCAGUCCAGCCAGCCAGCCCAGUCAGCCAGUCCAGCCAGUCCGCCAGCCAGUCUGCCAGUCAGUCAGUCAGUCAGUCAGCCAGUCAGUCUGCCAGUCAGUCUGCCAGUCAGUCUGCCAGUCAGUCUGCCAGUCAGUCCCAGUCAGUCUCUGCCAGUCAGUCUGCCAGUCAGUCUGCCAGUCAGUCUGCCAGUCAGUCUGCCAGUCAGUCUGCCAGUCAGUCUGCCAGUCAGUCAGCCAGUCAGUCAGUCAGCCAGUCAGUCAGUCAGUCAGUCAGUCAGUCAGUCAUCAGUCAGUCUGCCAGUCAG